AUGCUGCAGGACCUGGACAUCGCCGAGCCGGUGCCGCCCCUGCCCCGCCCCGCGGUGCCCCCAUACAACGGCUACGGCAGCCUGGACGACAGCCGCCAGAACUGCGUCGCGCUCGUGCCGAAGCCGCCAAAGAAGGCAAGCAGGCCCCCCAUGCGGCCGCCUUGGUAUGCCGCCUGCGACAUGCACAAGCUGAUGAACAAGGACAAGAUCAUCCUGCGCUUCACAGCGCGUAUGGCCCCCACCGCGACGCACGCGCUGAGCCACGCCGACGCGGGGCGCAACUUUGUGCUGUCCUACUUCCUCAUGGACGACAGCCUCCUCAUUUUUGAGCCGCCCGUGCGCAACAGCGGCAUCGGGGGCGGCAAGUUCCUGGAGCGGCAGCGCGUGUACAAGCCCGGGAGCGAGGAGAUCUACACGUACCAGGACCUGUACGUGGGGGGCCGCCUGGAGGUGUUCAGCCGCGCGUUUGAGCUCAUGGACGCGGACGAGUACACCCUCACCUACAUGGAGAACAACAAGCACAUCUUCGUCAUGGCCGACGCAGACGCCAUACUGGAGAGCCUGCGCGUGCAGGUCCGCGGGCGCGACGCGCAGCUGCGCGCGGCACUGGUGGCGGCGGACUCGGAGGGCUGCGGCCAGCUGGCCGGGGCGCAGCUGGAGGCGGCGUUUGAUGCGGCGGGCCUGCGAUUCACGCGCCACCAGCUCAUCGCGCUGCGGCGGCGCGCGGACAAGGAGCGCGGCGGCGGGGCGGUGGCGACGGAGGAGGUGCUGCGGAUGCUGGGGCUUGGCGGCAGCUGA